AAUAACCAUACCAUUUCAGAGCUCGUUGCGUACCGAGAUACACGCCCUAUCGUCGGCCGUCCCGCCCCUCGCCUCCGUCCCGCCCCUUCCGCUCGGCCCUGCGUGAAAAUCAGAAGCAAAUCAGAAUGCCAGUAAAUGGAAUGAAAUAAAACAAAUCAAAACCGCAAAGGCAGCGAAACAGCAGAGUUGACAAAAAAGACCAGAGCAAAAUAAAAAAUAAAAUUCGAAAGCGAACGAAUGAAAUCAACAAACCAACGUAGAGCAACGCGGCCAGCACGAAAGAAAUCACCACUUGCAACAGCAGCAGCAGCCACACAUAUUGCAAGUGAAUCAGCAACAGCAACACAUAUUGCACGUGCAAUAGCAACACAUAUUGCAAGUGCAACAGCAGUUCGAAAAGUCCGGGAUAUUCCCAGAUCUUUCUAUCAACAUGAAGGGCAACUACACAAAUCUGAACAUGUACAGUGGAAUUAAUACGAGUGGCAACGGCACCGGCAAAAUGUCGCUGGGCAAAUCCAUUAAAAUGUACCUGACCAUUUUCAUUCUGACCACCUGCAUCUACAUGGCCCUCUAUCAGUACCACAUAUCCCGAGAACCCUUCGCCGCCGGUGAAGUUGUAAAGCAUCAAGAGAAAUCAUCGUCAUAUAUCGCCUCAUAUUUGUGGUCACCCAUUUCCCUGCUAAUGGCGAAUAGUUCCUCGAACACAAUUAACCAGUCCCUAACAACAAGCACAACAACAACAGCUCCACCACAAACGACAACAACAACAGCAUCCACGGGCACAGUGGGUCAAAAGCUGGGUGGUGCAUCCUCAGCCUCCAUUCGCAUGGUUUCAUUAGCGGCCACCAUACCCACAUUUAUGUCUUCUGCAUCGCAACUAAGAUCAGGAUCGGUGGGUGGUCAUCGAAAGACUGCAGGCAUUAAGACAAGCUCCACAACCACAACUACAACAACAACAACAGUAGCCACCGCCAGUGGGGUGGCAGCAACAACAACAACAACAGCCAAAACAAGCGCCAAAACAUCCGCAGCGGCCACGCCCACUGCCUCCCACACGGAAAACGCCCAUAAGACUCGACCAACAUUCGUUGCCGCAUCCGUGCCCCCGCCCCUGUACAUAAUCACGCCCACCUACCGACGACCCGAGCAGCUGGCGGAGCUCACCCGGCUGGGAUACACCCUGAAGCACGUGGUGAAUCUGCUCUGGCUGGUCAUCGAGGACGCCAACAAGACGAAUCCGCUGGUGGGCCACGUUUUGGACCGGAUCGGAGUGCCCUACGAGUACAUGGUGGCACCCAUGCCCGAGAAGUACAAGCAGACGAAGCGGGCCAAGCCGCGCGGCGUCUCCAAUCGGAAUCGGGGCCUCGAGUAUCUGCGCCAACAUGCCACCGAGGGAGUGCUCUACUUUGCCGACGACGACAACACCUACGACAUUAGCAUAUUCGAGCAGAUGCGCUACAUAUCCAAAGUAGCCAUGUGGCCCGUUGGCCUGGUGACCAAGACCGGCGUAAGCAGUCCCAUAAUUAAGGACGGCAAAUUGGUGGGCUUUUACGAUGGCUGGAUCGGAGGUCGCAAAUAUCCCGUGGAUAUGGCCGGAUUCGCAGUGAGCGUCAAGUUCCUGAAGGAGCGACCCAAUGCACAGAUGCCCUUUAAGCCGGGAUACGAGGAGGACGGCUUCCUUCGCAGCCUGGCGCCACUGGACAGUACGGAAAUCGAGUUCCUGGCCGACGAGUGCCGUGAUAUCCUCACGUGGCACACGCAGACGAAGAAGAACGCCCCCGCUCAGGCGCUGAACAGGACGCACUACAAGAGCACGAACCUGGAGCACAUUGACAAGUUGCUGGUGCGCCCAUAGGGAUAUUGACUGUAGUUAGCUAGUUAGGCUUAGCUAGGAGCCCACUCGCUCCCAUUUUGACCGUGGCUCUGACGGGUUGUACAGGUACAACUCGGCGCCCGGAGAAACCAAUCAGAAUUGAUCAGAUCAUUAGUCGGUGUACAUUACUACCAUAAUCAUACGAGUAGUUAGGCUCUAAGCGCACACACCUCUAUGAUAAUUGAACGCACCGUAGGCUUUGUUUGACCCCCUACACGUAAUCGUAACCAUACACAUACCUAAUCAUACCUUAAGUAACGUAUUGUAUCAUAUCUCAGCGUCCACGACUAUUUUGUAAAUAAUCGCAAUGCUUAAAUUAAGCUUAAAUUUGUUUACGCUCUAAGUUGAAACGGAUUUAUCACCCAGCAACGAAUUGGAUAAGAUGUUCCUAGACCAAAGAAAAAAGCCCCCAAGGUUCUUCAUUCCCGUGGGAAAAUCCAAUUGCCUGCGACAGCCAGGACCUCCAACUGCCGUCCGUGGGAUUCGUGCGAGGUCAAGGCCUGAACACCACAUCAGCAAUCAAUUAGGGCAAGGUGUCAACGAAACUUAUUUCCCCGAAUUCUCCUGAAACCGGGGCGAGCGCUUCAAUAAUUCAUGCCGACAUAUGGAUGGAUGUUCGAGGCGAGUGGCACAGAUAACUCGUGCAUGGUCGAGCCUCCUUCCCCAGAGAAUCCAAAUCGCGUGCUUCACUAAAAUUGCACGAAACAGAAGAAAAAAAUUGGACACGAGCAGGACGAAGGGAGACACAGUUUAAACAUUGUAAUGGGUCCUGCUAAUGGGACUGAAUGGCUCAAAAGUUUGGCAAAAUCAAUUUCAUUCUAAACGCCGCACGAUAUUUUGUUGAACGAGAAGACAACUCUUUGUAUGCCUAAGAUAUGCGUUUUUUUUUCGUCCGUAACGGGUUUCCAAAGCAACACUUUUUCACUACUUAUAAGUACGCUAAGUUAAGUUUAUGAAGAAAUUUAUAUUCAAGUUAUGAACUGCACUGAAAUCGCCUACAUGUAAAUAAUAAUCACCAGAUAUUCUAACCAAAUUUUUACACGUCCCGCAAAAGCAGGGAGAAGCGCAGGGAUGGGAGGAAACUUUGACAAAUGGUAUUACGAAAUUUAUACAAUUUAUACAAUUGAAUAUGGAAUACGAUAAGCCGCAAAGCAUUAGUUAGGUACUUACAAAAUCUUACAAAAAUAAAUAACAACGGAGUCUUGAUGAGAACUCAAACUCUCAAGAAGAUCCACUAAAACUUUUUCAAGAAUAUCUCAAAAUGUUUCAAUGAAUACUAAAGAUACAGAAAUACGUCUAACACUAUUCUCUUAUUCAAGUAAACUACAACAUACAAUGUUUAAACCUGACAGGACUUAUAGCAAGGAACUUCAAUCAUUUUUAACAAAAUACAAAUACCUUUCAAUAAAUUGAUAAACUUUUCUUAAGCAUUUUCAAAAGUAA